AUGGCUGGUACUUUCCCCGCUGUGUUUGUUGCCGACCUGUGUCCCUCCUACGAAGCCUAUUUUGUCUUCCCGUGUACUGAAGAGCGCUCCAUUGUUACUAUGGCGAUGAUGACAUAUAAAAAGGAGAUACGGUGGCAUUUGGGUAGUGGACGAUACACACAAACGGUCUCCUCUUUAUCCUCUGCUCGUGUUGCUUCCGACACGGCCCUUAGUUUCAAGGCUGAUCGAGUUGAACCUGCGGCCUCCAAACGUCCCGAGUGUAUAGCAGCCUUCGCCCGAUUUCGUUACUGCGGUACCUACUGUGGUGGACGUGAGGGUCCACAAGCAGAAGUCUGUCCUGCAGCUUGUGAUAACUUCAUGAAAACCUGUUUUGCUGACGCUAUGUCUUCGAACCCAUCCACUUCUCUACCAAGUGUCUGGUCUCAACUCAUCAAUGGUAUCAUUAUGACCACGAAGCGCCUGGAAAGGACGCAAAAUUUUGCAUCAGUAAAUAAGGAUCUGCACAUAUUCCUCUCGGAAGCUAUCACCUAUGUUCAUCAGAAGUAUGCCUCGGUGAAACCUUCGCUCUUGCAAGAAUGCAAGUAUACCGGAGGUAGCAGCAGAAGUAACUCUAACUCAGCCAGAGGAUAUAAACCACCAGGCAACAGUUGGCCGUUCUCGCAUCGUCUGCGUCGAUCACUGGAUAACUUAACAAUUGACAAUGAGCCAAUUCUCUUACGGCCCAAACGACAGGGCUCAUAUCCAGGUGCCGUACGUCAGCAGCCAGAUCUACAGUCAGCCUGGGGGAUGCCACCUGCCCCUAUCGGAGGACGUAGCAACCAGAUGUCUCCAUCGCAGUUACCUCACGGUUCUUCAUCCUACCAGUCCUAUUUCCAAUCAAACCGGCGCGCAGGUGGAGGCGGUGAAAGUAUGGGAGGUGUAAACGCUGCUUCUGCAACUAAUGCCCCGGAAAAACUCAGCAAAUGGGCUACACAACUCAAGUUCUUUGUAUGUCUCUUCAGUAUCUUUGCUUUCUGCUAUGAUCUUGUACUGUUUGUCUCUCUGGGUAUGGUUCAACCUACCAAAAAAAUAGGAAAGAAUGAGAAAGAAUGA